AAAUUGGGCGGCUAUUGGCGCGCGAAACCAAAGGCAUGGAACUCGCAUUGCCUAGUGGCUUUCUGGCCUCUCGUCCUCGCCAAUGUUUCCGUUAUGCCAAUCCUCUCAGUUCUAUCCAAUGCGCAAUUUCGAAUCCUCGACGCAAGGCUACUACGUAGACCGGAUAAGAUUGAUCGGCGAUGUCAUGGCUACGAUCGGCGGUGAGCAAAGCUGUGGAAGUCGGCGGAAACGGGAAUAUCACUCGCAACCUUCGCAGCUAUGCGGGAUCCGUUGUCCAGCAUGCCGGUUACGCCGGCUUCAACGAUGCAAAGAAAAUUCACGACCGAUCUGGUCCUGGAAACAUCAAGAGCUUUAAGCAUGCUUUGAAAAGAUUAGAAGAACAGUCAGUUUCUUGCAGAGGUAUAGAGAGACUUCAGCAACUACGCAGGUGGUUAGUUGCUCUUAAAGAGAUUGAGAGAUUGCAUGGAGCUAAAGCAGAAGCAGGGAAAAACAUUGAAUCCGUAGAUAUAUCCAUCUCAAAGAAGGAUCUUCCUAAAGAACCUACUAUGGUUUUAUAUCAUGAUCCUGAUCUUGGUGGGGAACCAAUGAAUUUUAAAGACUUGUUUCUUCGCAGUCAAGCUCUUGAAGGCAUCGUCUUGUCAGUGAUUCUUGAAGCACCAGAUGAUGAAGAGGUGUCAUUGCUUACAGAGAUCUUUGGACUCUGUCUUACUGGCGGGAAAGAAGUCUGUGAUGCAACAAUAGCUAGCAUAGAAGCUCUGGCUAAAGCUUUCUCAAGCUAUAAUGAUGAAUUAUUGGCAAAGAAGGAAGACCUGCUUCUAUUUGCACAAAGUGCAAUUGCUGGGCUGAAAGUAAAUGCUGACAUAGCAAGAAUAGACUCUGAAGUCUCAAACAUACAACAGGACCUGCAGAAAAUGCAAUGCUGGCCACCUUCAAAGGAAGUUGGAAAAUCAUGUGGGUCUUCUACAGAGAUAACGGAGACUUUGAAAGAAGAACUUGCUCAGAUACAACUAUUUUCCAAAUUGGAGUCACUUUUAUUACAGGAGAAGAUUUUGCUCAAUAGAAGUGAAUCAGGAAACCAUUUUCAAAAGGUUGAUAAGUUAAAGGUUUUGUCAGAGUCCCUUUCGUGCUCUGCUUCAAAAGCUGAAGAACGCAUUUCUGAGAGCAGACUUCAGAGAGAAGGAGCACUUAGCUUUCGUAUUUCAAAAGCGAAUGAAUUCUCCCAUCUUGAAAAGGAGCUGACAGUCAAAAUUCAUGAACUUGAGAAGCAAAAAGAUGAUCUUGAAGCUGAGUUGAUGAAGGUAAAUUCCACCUUGUCUUCUGCAUAUGCCCAUCUACGCAAUGCCAGGGAGGAAAGAGAUCAGUUUAAUGAAGCUAGCAAUGAAAUUAUUCAACACAUCCAAAUGAAGGAGGAGGAGUUUUCUAGAUCUAUUGCAUCAUACAGAGCUGAGGCAGACGUUUGUGAUGCAUUUAUUUACUUCUUAGAAGACACACAGGGAUUUGAAUCAUCAUAUAUUAGACAAAAAGAGAAGCAUGUCAAUGAUGAACUGGAGAGAUGUGAAGAUUAUUUUGGGGAUUUGGUGAUCCGCGUCUUAUCUGCAUACCAGGAUGAGCUAGGGCCUUCUAUUUUGAAUGUCAAGAAACUUGCAGAGGACUUGAUAGGGUCAGAGAUCAUGGAUACUGCUUCAAACGGAGAUAAUAAGAGUGCAGUGGAUGCAAGACGACGGCUAGAGGAGGAAUAUCUGAAAGCAGAAACCAAGUUAAUAACCACAUUCAGUAUUGUGGAAAGCAUUAAAAAGCAGUUCUAUGCGCAAACUGAAGGAAUUUCAAGGAAGGAUUAUGAAAAUGUGAAUCAACACUUUGAAAGUCUGGGAAAGAUCAAAGAAGAAUUUGAAUCCAUCAACAGACCAUCUCUGGAAGUUGAAACUCCUAGAAGGAGAUCCAAACCAUCAAAGUUGAUGUCAGAACCCAACACUCCCCCAUCUUUCAAUCAAAAUGUAGAACCCGUCACCCCUGGAUCACCUCUGCAAAAUGAAAGAACACAUAGAUCCCUGAUGAAGGGGAGUCUGAGAAAGAGUCUAUCUAUGGCUAUACGUCAGACAAACGACGCAGUAAGCUUUGCCCGAGGAGAAGAGGGUUUCGUGUCCCAAAAAAUCCUGAGAACAAAGUCAGUGGAUCCAGCUGCGCAACUCUCAAAGCUGAAGAUGGAGUUGGAACUUGAGAACAGUACCAGAGACCAAUCUUUCGACGAAAUUUAUGACUGGGAAUCCGAUGUAAAUGAUAAAGAGAGGAUACACGUUGGUGAAUGAGUUCUUACAAUUCUUUUUUUACCCGUGACCAAAUUGUGUUACUCAAGUGAAGAGGAAGACUGUUUAACAGGUGAGGGACACUUGCUGACAUGCCCCAUACAUGCAUGCAUGCAUGCAUGUAUUCUCUGCUCUAAUUCAGAAUGCAUCUAAAAAAAAUACUCCUACCUAGUAGUAUAUUAUUAUAUCCAAUCUUGAUGAGUAACAAGUGCAGAGCACGUAAGAAAACGUUAUAUAUUUAGGAAUUUCCAUUCUUACAUUUGAAUUCUAUGCGAAGUAUAUUAAUGCUACGUAUUUUUAUACACUUCUAGUCCUCUUUGACAAUGUUUGAUUUGGU